AUGACCUGCGUGAAUUCAAGCAACCGCUUCCAAGUGUUGUGCUACCAGCAAGUGGCCCGCUUGCACCAAGUCAUGGAGGACGUGCUGCCUGUCCACGGGCGGGCCAACUUCCCCACGCUUGACGUCAAACUUAAGACCCUGGUCCAGCUUGUCAGAGACCGACUCCUGGCUGACGGUGUCAGUCUCCGAGAUAUUCGCCUCAACGGUGGCGCGGCCAGCUACACCCUUGGAGCAACCAGCGCCCAGGAGUUCAACGAUGUCGAUCUUAUUUUCGGAGUGGAUCUCUCAAACCAGAAUGAACUGCAGAAAAUUCGCAACUGCGUUCUGGGGUGUUUAAACAAUUUUCUCCCAGACGGCACCAACAAGGAGAAAAUGAGUAGUUGUAGUCUGAAAGAAGCCUACGUCCAGAAAAUGGUCAAAGUGUGCAACGAGCACGGGGAUAGGUGGAGUCUGAUCUCACUGUCUCAUGAUACAAGAAAGAACGUGGAACUAAAGUUUGUAGACAAAAUGAAGCGCCAGUUUGAGUUUAGUGUCGACUCGUUUCAAAUUAUUCUAGAUAGUCUGUUGACCUUUUAUGAUAUUUCCCAAGCGUCGAUGUCAGAGCACUUUUAUCCUACUGUAGUGGCUGAAAGCUUAUAUGGAGACUUCUCAGAAGCCUGGUACCAUCUGGACAACAAACUGAUAGCCACCAGAAAUCCAGAAGAGAUUCGUGGUGGUGGUUUACUCAAAUACUGCAACCUGCUUGUUCGUGGUUACACACCAGCUAGUGAGAGUGACAUUAGAGCCAUGGAGAGAUAUAUGUGUUCACGGUUUUUUAUAGAUUUCAGUGACAUUAAUCAGCAGCGUCAGAAAUUGGAAGCCUAUCUGGCCAAUCACUUCAAUGGCGACGAGGACAUGAAGUAUGAGUACCUGACAACAUUAUACCGGGUUGUGGAUGAAAGCACUAUCUGCCUGAUGGGUCAUGAGAGAAGGCAAACACUCAACCUGAUCCACCAACUGGCUUAUCAAGUUUAUGUGGCCCAGGAAAGAAAAACACAGGUCAGAUGUGCAGAGCUGCAUCCGUUGGAUCAACUCAGUGACAUCGUUAUUGACCAGGUCUUCUAUGGACCAUUUGAUACCAAUGGUAGUAGUAACCAUUUGUACAGCUGUCCAGUGCCAUCCUCUUCUUACCAUCAGAUUAGCAAUUCUGCAUCCUGUCCUCAUUUCCCUCCAUUUCUCUACUGUUCUUAA